GCCUCUGACUGCAUUCACAACCUUAAACAGCAAUGAGAGGGCUUGUGUUAGCCUUGACCCUGGCCUUCGUGGCUGUCCACUCUCAGAACUUGGCUCCUCAUUUUGAUGCCGGUAAAACGUAUGUGUACAAGUAUGAGGCACUCCUCCUGGGAGGUCUGCCAGAGAAAGGUCUGGCAAGAGCCGGACUCAAAGUCAGUAGCAAAGUUCUCAUCAGUUCCGCAGAACAAAAUAUAUACAUGCUGAAGCUUUUGGAACCUGAGAUCUAUGAGUACAGCGGCUUCUGGCCUAAGGAUCGUUUAAUUCCAGCAGCCAAACUGACGUCGGCCCUAGCAGCCCAGCUUUUGACCCCUAUCAAGUUUGAAUAUACCAAUGGUACUGUUGGAAAGAUUUUCGCCCCUGACGAAAUUUCAACAAUGGUGCUGAAUAUCUACAGAGGUAUCCUGAAUGUCUUUCAGCUCAACAUCAAUGAGACACACAAUGUCUAUGAGUUGCAAGAGGCUGGAGUUCAGGGUGUGUGCAAAACCCUCUAUGCCAUCAGUGAAGAUCAACAGGCUGAACGCAUCCUUUUGACAAAGACCAGGGAUCUGAACAACUGUCAGGAGAAGGUUGUGAAGGACAUAGGGUUGGCAUACACUGAGAAAUGUCCAAAGUGCCAGCAGGAUUCAAAGAACCUGAGAGGAGCUACAGCAUACAACUACGUCUUGAAGCCGGCUGCUCAUGGCAUCCUGAUCCUGGAGGCAGCUGUUAAUGAGUUGAUCCAGUUUUCACCAUUCACCGAGAUUAAUGGAGCUGCUCAGAUGGAGACCAAGCAAUCCUUGGUUUUCUUUGGAACCCAGCCAGUUCCCAUUGCACCCAUCGGGGCUCAGUAUGUUCACCGUGGAUCUCUUAAGUACGAGUUUUCUACUGAGCUUCUUCAGACACCAAUUCAGCUCAUCAAGAUCACCAAUGUACAGGCACAGAUUGGGAAUGUUCUGAAUCAUCUGCUUGCUCACACUGUGGAGCGAGUCCAUGAGGAAGCCCCUCUGAAGUUGUUGGAACUCAUCCAGCUCCUUCGUGUAGCACACUUUGAAGACCUGGAACGGAUUUGGAGCCAAUACAGAACCCUACCUGCCUAUAGACAGUGGCUCUUGGAUACUAUUCCCGCCAUUGGAACUACUUCUGCUCUGAAAUUUAUUGAGGUUAAAUACUUGGCAGAUGACCUGACUGUUAGUGAGGCUGCUCAGGCGUUUGUUUCAUCUGUUCACAUGGUGACAGCAAGCCCUGAGGCCAUUCAGCUGUUUGAGGCCCUGGCAGGCAACAACAAGAUAGUAGAAAACCCAGUUCUGCAUAAGAUUGUCCUCCUCGGCUUUGGUACCAUGAUUUCAAAAUACUGUGUUGAUUUGGAUGUCUGUCCUGCUGAACUUAUAAAGCCCAUCCAGGACCUCCUUGCUGUAGCUGUAGCUAAAGAUGAGAUUGAGGACAUUAUCCUGCUCCUAAAGGCUUUAGGUAAUGCAGGCCAUCCUUCUAGCCUUAAAUCGAUCAUAAAGAUACUCCCCAUACAUGGCACUCCAGCUGCAUCUCUGCCCAUGAGAGUCCAUGCUGAUGCCAUCUUGGCCCUAAGAAACAUUGCAAAGAAGGAGCCUAGAAUGAUCCAGGAAUUGGCACUUCAGCUCUACAUGGACAAAGCUCUUCACCCAGAGCUUCGUAUGCUUUCCUGUAUCGUGCUGUUUGAGACAAGGCCUCCAAUGGGUUUGGUGACAACUCUUGCCAACAUUGUGAAGACAGAGAAGAAUAUGCAGGUAGCAAGCUUCACCUAUUCUCACAUGAAGUCCAUGACCAGAAGCACCGCCGCUAUCCAUGCAUCAGUUGCCGCAGCUUGCAAAGUCGCUGUCAAAAUCUUGGGCCCAAAGUUAGACGGACUGAAUUUACAUUUCAGCAAAGCCAUCCACAUGGAUAUCUAUAACAAUCCCUUGAUGCUUGGUGCUGCUGCCAGCGCUUUCUGCAUCAAUGAUGCUGCCACCAUUUUGCCCAGAUCUAUUGUGGCCAAGACCAGUGCUUACCUUGCUGGAGCUGCUGCUGAUGUUCUGGAGGUUGGUGUAAGAACUGAGGGACUCCAGGAGGUUUUUAUGAAAAACCGUGCACUCAUUCACAAUGUUGACAGGAUCACAAAAAUGAAGCGUGUCAUUAAGGCUCUCUCUCAUUGGAAAGCUCUGCCCAACAGCACACCUCUGGCCUCAGUCUAUGUCAAAUUCUUUGGACAAGAAAUUGCCUUUGCUAACAUUGACAAAGUCUUGAUUGACCAGGCCAUUGCGCUCACCAGUGGACCCUCUGUUGCGGUAAUGGUUAGGAAUGCCAUCCGGACUCUGCUGUCUGGUGUUUCCUUCCAGUAUGCUAAGCCAUUGCUUGCCACUGAAGUGAGGCGUAUCAUGCCAACUGCUGCUGGUCUGCCAAUGGAGCUCAGUCUGUUCACUACUGCUGUAGCUGCCGCAGCUGUUCGAGUCAACGCUGAGAUAACCACAUCUCCGCCAGAAAACUUCCAUCUUAUCCACCUUCUGCAGACAGACAUAAAGCUUGAGACUGAGAUUAGACCCAGCGUUGCUGUGAACACAUUCGCUGUGAUGGGAGUUAACACUGCCAUACUUCAGGCCACUGUGCUCUGCAGAGCUAAACUGAACUCCUUCGUGCCAUCAAAAAUUGUUGCAAGACUUGCCCUCAAUGAGGGCAACUUGAAGAUUGAGGUUCUGCCAGUCUUUAUGCCUGAACCUAUUGUAGCUGUGCAUGUUGAGACUGUUGCUGUAGCAAGAAAUAUUGAGGAUCUUGCUGCUGAAAGAAUCACUCCCAUCAUCCCGCCCAAAGUCUUGCAGCCCAUCUCAAGGGAGAUUCCUAAAUAUGAUAUUUUUUCAUCUGCUGCUUCUAGUUUGUCAAGAUCCUCUGAGGUCCUGCAGGAUGUGGCUGCAACAAUUUCUAUUGGAGGACCUCAAGAAUUUCAGUUUGUGAAGAAGUACUGUGCUACAGCUUUGGCCAUUGGACUGAAGGGCUGUAUAAAGUGUAUCACCGAAAACGCUGUUUCCGGUGGUGACGUCGCCUUGUACAAACUGGCUGCAAAGCGCUCCAUUUCUCUUUCCUUCAAAUCAGUUGAAGGUGGGGAAAUUGAGAGAUGGGAGAUGGAGGUUCAAAUUGGACCAAAGGCGGCACAGAAGCUUAUUAAACACAUCAACCUGAGUGAAGAAAUUGUUGAUGGAAGACCGGCCUUGAUGAAGCUCAAGAAACUCCUGGUCCCUCGCCAGAGAAAAGUCAGCUCAUCUUCCUCCUCUAGUUCCAGCAGCUCUUCUUCAAGCUUCUCAUCUCGUGUCAGCAGCAAGGCCCGUAGACUCAGUUCCUUCAGAGCCGUGAACAGUUCCAGCUCUGCAUCUAGCCUGGCAUCUCUCUUUGGUGUCAGCUCCAGUUCAUCUAGCUCCAGUUCUCAACUCUCAAAGCGAGUGAUUUAUCACCACAAGUUCCUGAAGAACCACAAGAUCCAGGCUCUCCUUUCUCAAGUAGCUUCAGUUUCCAGGAGCAGAAGCAGUGCAUCAAGCUUUGAAGCCAUCUACAAACAGAACAAAUUUCUUGGCAAUGAGGUUGCUCCUAUCUUUGCCAUUAUCCUCCGUGCCGUCAGAGCUGACAAAGAGAUGAUGGGAUACGAGUUAGCAGUUUACUUGGACAAACUUACUUCCAGACUUCAGAUUAUUUUGGCUGCCUUGGCUGCCGAUGACACCUUUAAGAUCUGUGCUGAUGGAGAUCUCCUUAGCGAGCACAGAAUUACGGCAAAAAUUGCAUGGGGAGCAGAAUGCAAGCAAUACAACACAAUGAUCACAGCGGAGACUGGUCUUCUUGGGCAGAGCCCUGCAGCUCGCCUCAGAGUGACCUGGAACACACUGCCUUCUGAGCUUCAACAUUAUGCAACAAAGAUAUAUGACUAUAUUCCUGCAGAGCUGCUGGCUUGCUUGAUAAAAGGAAAGGAUUCAAACAGUACUAGUCAGCUCUCAAUUACACUGGUUGCUACAUCUGACAGAACCAUUGACCUCAUUUGGAAAACACCAACACGUACUGUUUAUAAGCUGGCGUUGCAUCUUCCCAUCGCUUUGCCACUUAAUGAAAUUAAAGGUCUCACACCCUUUGAUGGCCUUGCAGAUAAAGUCAACUACUUGUUCGCCCAGGCUGGAUCAGCUGAAUGCAGUGAUAUCACAGAUACACUGACCACAUUCAACAACAGGAGAUACAAGAAUGAGAUGCCAUUGUCUUGCUACCAGGUUCUGGCACAGGAUUGUACCGAUGAACUGAAAUUCAUGGUUUUGCUGAAGAAGGAUCUCAAUGAACAGAAGCAUAUCAAUGUCAAAAUUGCUGACAUUGAUAUCGACCUGUUCUCAAAUAUAACUGACGUGAUUGUGAAGGUCAAUGGGAUGGAAAUACCCAUCAACAACCUGCCACACCACCAUCUCAAAGCUAAAAUCCAGAUCUGGCCAAAGGGCAAAGGCAUCUCAAUGUACGCUCCCAGUCAUGGUCUUCAGGAAGUCUAUUUUGACAAGAACUCAUGGACGGUGAAAGUUGUGGACUGGAUGAAGGGAAAGACCUGUGGACUCUGUGGAAAGGCCGAUGGCGAAGUAAGACAAGAGUACCGCACACCCAAUGGUCGCUUGACCAAAAACGCAGUCAGCUACGCCCAUUCCUGGGUUCUUCCUGCUUUGAGCUGCAGGGACAACACUGAGUGCCGCAUGAAGCUGGAAUCUGUGCCGCUGGAGAGGCAGGUAAACAUCCAUGGCCAGGAAUCCAGAUGCUACUCUGUGGAGCCUGUGCUGCGCUGCCUGCAAGGUUGUUUACCUGUGAAGACCACCGCUGUCACUAUUGGCUUCCACUGCCUUCCUAUUGAUUCUGACCUGAAUCGCCCGGAGAGUCUAAGCAGCAUCAACGAUAAAAGUGUGGACCUUAGGGAAAAAGCCGAAGCCCACCUUGCCUGCAGUUGCACUGCUCAGUGUGCCUAACGACUAGGGCUGUCAACGAAUAUUCUAUAUUCGAAUAUAUAUUUGAAUAGUUGUUAAAAACAUUUAUUCAAAUGUGAAAAUUAUAAUAUAAUAUUUGAAUGCAAAAAAGAAAAAAACACAACAGCGGCAGCAGCGGCGCGACUGUCUGUCUGACUUUAUAUUGCAUGAAUAAAAUAGACUAGAUAGGCGACAACAGCUUUAUGCACUGGUUUGAUUAUUUGCCGUUUUAUGCCAAGGAAAAGUUCCAUGUUUACCACAGCUUGCUUGGAGCGUUCGAUGUUGGUUUUAUACUCUAUAUAUAAUUUUCAAUUAAUGUUAAUAAUUUUUUUUUCAAUCACUGAAUGAAACCUGCCAUAUUUGAUACAAGAAGCACAACCUUAAAUUGCACAAAACUCAGCACAAAAAUCAGCACUCAGCAUUUGUUUAUUGUUGUCGUUCAUUUAAACCGCAAUGCGCAGAGAGCGCAACGGUGUGGGAGAGAGAGAGAGAGAGAGAGAGAGAGAGAGAGAGAG